UGAAAUCGUUCAAAGAAAUAACGUGAAGGGAAAACGAAUUCAUUUUAAAACACGUGUACUCUGCUUACAGCGGAAAAUAUUUAUUUAAGUUGUGUCGCUUUAUUAAUGCCAAGUGCACCUUGUUCGGGGUUGCACAAGCAAAUUGCAUAAUUGCCCGAGGAGCACCUCUCCAGUGAGUGACUCUGGAGUCUAUUCGCAGCUGCUCCCCCCUCUCCUCUGGAUUUGGGAAGGAGGAAAAAAAUACACACACGCAGACACACCGCGGCUCUAACGUUGUAAUACUAGAGGUAAAGGCGGCCGAGGCAUGUUGUCGGCCGUGCGACACUCCGUACGCGACUCCGUGCAGCGCCGCAGCCUGGGGAAUCAUGGCUGAAGACUACUGGGAGAGCAGUGAGAGAGACGAGCCCGUGGGAUACUACUGUUAACGCGACAAGGGCACCGGGGAUCCGGCGUCUUCGGGAGACAGUGGCUGCCCCUCCACCCUCCACGUCUCGCCCCCCCCUGCCUCCCCUGAUGGACCGCAUGAGGAAGAUCAAACGGCAGCUGUCCCUCACGCUGAGGGGGGGUAACACUGGUGACAAGAGCCUGAGCGAGACCAUCGGCUCCCAGGACACAGCUCACAGUGAUUCUGACGCCAUGUCAGUGAGGGGCAGUGGCAGUGUGCGGGGCGCAGUGAGGGGCGCAGGAGGCUCCUUCAGCAUGCACUCCCUGCUGCAGUCGUACAGCUCCACCCUGCGCAGACCCCGCAGCCUGGGCCGCAGCCUCAGCUCCUAUCUCAACCACACCACGCGCCUGGAAAUAGUCCACGAGGAUGUGAAGAUGGGCUCAGACGGGGAGAGCGACCAAGCCUCCGCCACCUCCUCCGAUGAAGUGCACAGCCCGGUCCGAGUACGACUGAGGAACAACCCGGCCCGCAAAAUCUCUACAGAGGACAUUAACAAGCGCCUGUCCCUGCCAGCGGACAUCCGGCUGCCUGAUGGAUACUUGGAGAAGUUCAAUCUCAACAGCCCCCUGUUUGACAAGCCGCUGAGCCGCCGACUGCGGAGGGUGUCCCUGUCAGAGAUCGGCUUCGGGAAACUGGAGACUUACGUCAAGCUGGACAAGCUGGGAGAGGGGACCUACGCUACUGUGUAUAAGGGCCGCAGUAAGCUGACGGAUAACCUGGUGGCCCUGAAGGAGAUCCGGCUGGAGCACGAGGAGGGGGCCCCAUGCACUGCCAUAAGAGAGGUGUCACUGCUGAAAGACUUGAAGCAUGCCAACAUUGUGACUCUUCAUGACAUUAUCCACACUCAGAAGUCCCUCACGCUAGUGUUUGAGUACCUGGAUAAAGACCUGAAGCAGUACCUCGAUGACUGCGGCAGCUGCAUCAACAUGCACAACGUCAAGCUCUUCCUAUUCCAGCUGCUGCGUGGGCUCAACUACUGCCAUAAGCGCAAAGUCCUCCACAGAGACCUCAAACCCCAGAACUUGCUCAUCAAUGAACGUGGCGAGCUCAAGCUGGCCGACUUCGGCUUAGCACGGGCCAAGUCCAUUCCCACCAAAACUUACUCAAACGAGGUGGUGACACUAUGGUACCGCCCACCAGAUAUCCUUCUGGGCAGCACUGACUACUCCACGCAGAUAGACAUGUGGGGUGUGGGCUGCAUCUUCUAUGAGAUGUCCACAGGACGGCCGCUGUUCCCUGGCUCCACUGUGGAGGAAGAGCUGCACUUUAUCUUCAAAUUGCUGGGUACGCCUACGGAGGAGACUUGGCCUGGCAUCACCUCCAAUGAGGAAUUCAUCUCCUACAACUACCCCCGCUACAAACCAGACUGUCUCCACAACCACACUCCCAGACUGGACAAUGAAGGUGUGGAUCUGCUUUCCAAGCUUCUGCAGUUCGAGGGAAAGAAGCGCAUCUCUGCCGAGGAGGCCAUGAGACACCCGUACUUUCGGAGUCUGGGAGGAAGGGUCCUCGCACUGCCUGACAAUACUUCUAUUUUUGCACUUCAAGACAUCCAGCUGGAAAAAGAGCCUGGGAUGCGAACAAGCUCCUUGUCUGAUUCUGUGAACAGCAUAUCCCGACGGCAGAGCCUGCUCUUCUGAUUGGACAGGAGACAGAAGAUCCAGAACCAGAGAGCCUCAAUUUGACUGGGACAGUUUUGUUUCUAAUGAAGGGAUGCAUAUUUAACUUUUUAAUGUUUAAUUUUUGAACUGUGUUAUGGAUAUUUAGUAUGCAAAGGGUUUGUUGGCUGUUUACAUGUGAGAUGAAGUCAAGGGUAUGUAUGGGGGGGUGGGGGUUCCACAGCAAUAUUUCCCCACCUGUCAAGGCCAAACCCAUACACAAGUUUACCAUGACAAUCAGAAUUUUUACCAUCCAUUUCCCCUACUUUUCAUACUGAUGUACAGUUGCUAUGUGGUUUCACUAGAACAUCUUCGGAUGUUUGACUGACACCAAGUCCAACUCAUACCUUUAAAUAACAAUUAACAGGUUGGCUUCCAGAGACUGAAAUGUGCAAAUAACCAUGUCUUCUGUUUUAUAGUUUUAUCAUUAGUAGAUGGGUUAAAAUUUGCUGAAAUGUGUAUUACACUCUGGAAGAUAUUGCAACUGUGAGAGAAACCAGUAGCCUGCUGUAAAUCAGUGUUAAAUACGGAGGAGACCAUGGUGAAAAGUCACAUCAUUUCAGUACUGUAGAGACUAGAAACCGUCUGCGAGGGACUCCUCACUUCAGUCUUCCUGUGUUCCUCUUCCUCUGGAUGGUAUUUAUAGUUUUCCCUACUCAUCUCCAAAGCCAUAGAAAGUAAAGCCUCAGACUAAUAAAAUGCAAUAUUCAUUUUCCUUUGCAGGGUUUUGGCACAACCCAUUCAUUAUAUUUCAAUUUAGUUAAUGUUUUGCUUGGUUCUAGUUGCAAGCAGUUGACCCCCCUCACGGUUUUUGUGCUGAUACUAGAAGAAUAUGCAGUUCUUGCUUUUGUUGGAUCGCGGUCAAGCAGAGAGCCCUUGGACUUGUCUGCCCAUUGCCAUGAAUGCAUUCUCUACAGUUACACACCCCUUUUUGUGAACAUAGAUUAACCGUAGUCAUAUUCACUUGCCAUGCACAAUUGGCCUCUCUUUAGUUCUUACGAGAGAGACUUACUUGUUCUUAUUUGUUAUCAAAGACCUUAUUUAUCAGAAAAGACCUGCUCUGGAAUUCUUUUCUCUAUGUAAGUGCACAUUUUUCCCGCUGUACUCCAUGCCAUAGCAACAUUGCAAUGGUUCAGUAAAGCAUUCUUAUACAAGUCCUUCCAAAAAAAUGAUUAACACGGAUGAGCGUCUUGCCUUUGCCCCGGGGGACACGGGAGGACGGUGAAUAACGCAACUGUGUUGACGUCACUAACAGGACUGCUUAGAGCACAGGAAUCAACAGCCAUUUCCAAAGAGUAGAAUUGUGGGGAAAAACCCAGGACUUCAGCUGAGAUGGUGGGUCGGUUUGGAGCAUCUGAUAUGGCAUCUGAUAUAUCUGCAUUCUGAUCUCCAGUUUUUCUGUUUUGCCUAAAGGUAUCGUUUGGACAAUUUUGACCGCAAAACCCCAGAAAUCUGAUCACGCAUUAUAUUUAGAAAGGCUUACUUGGGCUGUAACCCCACAUGAACCAAAAAGCAAUAUGGUCAUGGAGCAAAACCUUGUCUAAUAGAGGUUCUAGCUCAUUGGCUAACAGAGUCUACAUUUGAACUGCAUUUCUAUUGACCUGCCUUGUCAGAUGUCCUCCUUGUUCAUCCAUGUGACACACGUCCUCCAGGUUUAUUCAAGUCCUGGGUUCACAGAAAGAGGGGAAACCCAAGCUCCGCAUUAUAGUGUUGACUGUGGUAGAGCCUACAGAGUAGAAGUUUGUAGAGUAAUCGUGCAGUGCUUGAUGGGGAUUGUGCAAUGAGAGGAGCCUCAUAUCAGUAUGUUAUUGUAAAAAUAUAGAGUAUUAUUUUGUUCUUAUUGAUAAUGAUGUGUUCUUUUUUACCUUUUUAAGGAGAAAAGAGUUGUUUUUCAUCAUAGCUUACAUAUUGAGUGUAGAGAUAGGUAAUUGGUUCUAAUAUUUGUUCCUACUUCCUUCCAUUGAAGGUGACAGCAGCAUCCCCAUGUUGGGAUUAUUCAGGGUCAGGGAUGCUGCUGCGUGAGAGCUAAUAUUCCAGUUUAUGGCUGCGAAGAUGCCUCCAGUUUUAUGAUGCAAUAACUGACUUUACAUCACAUUUAAGAUAAGAUUGUUCUCUGUUUGUUAGGUAAAGUGGAAUGUACAGAACAGCAAUCUUAAAGGCUGGUUUUAUUGCCCAUUUUUCUCUAAACCAGACGUAGUAUGUCAAGUGUUCAAAAUAUUGUAAUCUAUUACUUGUCAACACAAAUGAUGUAACUUUCGAAAUUCAGAAAAAUAGCCAUGUAAUAUUAAAAUAAUUGAUAACCAUUAAUAGUUUAAUAUAUUCAUAGGUUAAGUUUAAAUUUUUCAUUACCUCCCAAGUUUCUCUGAGAAUAUUUGCGUAUACUGGAUGAUUUGGUUUGCAACAGUACAAAUUCUAUCUUAUGUGCUGCCUAGUCUUUGAGCAUACUUGGAAAAGCAGCUACAUUUGGGAAUGAUCGAGAGAAUCCACUGCAUCCUGGUCUCUGAGCAGAAGCUGGAAAUUUCUUUCUCUCUAUUCUGGGUCCAUCUGCAUGGUCCUUAGAGUAUCACUGGCAUCAGCAUCUUCUUGAUGCCACUUUAAACUUGUUUGCCUUUGACCUUCUUGACAAUUGUGGCCCACUCAUUGUCCUUGCAUUUUCCCAGCAGCUCCAGAUUUCCACCAGAACCAGAUUUUUGCAUGGGUAGUUAGUUUUUGCCUGUUAUUACUAGUGGGGUAAAGGCUGUCAACAGUAGCUCUCCAUGCCUGCCUGCUUAUUUGCUUUCGGAGUGUGUCUAAGCCAGCCCUGUCUCUUUUCUGGUCACUUCUUAUUCAGGAAGCUAGUAAGUUCCUUUUUACAACUUUGUUACUGGUCAUGUUUGGGAACUGGAUCUGAAGGAUUUUUUUUUAUGCAGACAUUGAUGAAGGUCUGCAUUUUCUUAAUAGUUUUCUUGUACUCCAUGUUUCUGCUCCAUACAGAAUCCACUGACUCCAUGUUUGAGUUAAACAAUCUGAUUUUAAUGUUCAUGGAUAGAAUCUUGGAAGUUCCAGAGGUUCUGACGUUGUUGUACUUCAGCCUGUUCUCAGAAGUCGCCAUUCAGUUUUUGUUCAGCUUGAGAUUCGGACUGGAAACAAGUAGGUGGUGUCAGCUGGUACAUCUGCUUCUCUCCUCACA